AUGUUUCCCAGGUUUGCACUCUUUUCAGUGACUACCGCCGUUCUGGCCUAUGCCUUUGCUCCUAUGGCGCAGCGGUUGCUGUUUCUGAUGCCAGCAUCUACGGCAGUAUCCAAGGAUCCGUCUGCCAUCAAGGUGGGAUUGGUGGGUGCUGCGGACAUUGCCAAGUUUGCAGUCUUGUGGCCAGCCUCUCGGGAAUCUUCUGUGGUGGUCACUGCAGUGGCAGCCCGCAGUGUGGACAAGGCCAAAGCCUAUGCGGCCAAACACGGAAUCCCCAAGGUCCACUCGAAUUAUCAAGAACUGAUUAUGGAUCCCGACAUUGAUGUUGUUUACAUUGGCGUAAUUACAGAAUUGCACUACGCCAUUACUCAAUAUGCCUUGCAACAUGGCAAGCAUGUCCUUUUGGAAAAACCAGCCGUCUUUUUGGAGCACGAAGCCAAAAAGUUGGUGGCGUUGGCUCGAGAACAAAAUAAGAUCUUGUUGGAAGCCUUUCAUUGGCGGUACCAUCCUGCCGCCAUUCGAGUCCAAGAACUGGUAGUGGAACAAAAGGUAGUUGGCUCUCUAGAAAGUAUGGAACUCAAGGCAUCCUUGUACGAUCCAAUGGCUUCGAAGGCGGAAGGAGCCGCCAAACAAUCUGUCAAAUUGUUUGACCGAUGGUGCUACUUGGUCGAUGAAAUGCAUUAUUACUUGCCCAAAGACCAGUGGGACAUUGAAAUUGAAUCUGUCGAAAUGAUGCCCACCAAAAUGCAUGCCAAAUUGACGGCCACCCCUGUGGAGAGUCCCGAUUUGGAAAAAGGUGAAGGCGGAGGUGCUAGUGCAGUCAAACCGGUUCAGAUUACAAUGGAUGCCUACAAGGACAAGCUUGAGAUUCCCUCUUGGUAUGUAUCCUUUCAAGGAUCCAAUGGAAGUCUACGGUAUGACAAUGCCUUGUUCCCCUUUAUUUACCAUAAAAUCACCAAACCAGAUGGAACCGUCGAGCAACGCUAUACUGCUGCUGCAAAUGACACUAGCGAGAAUGCUGUGGGCAAGUCGACCUUUGCCCAUCAACUUGAAAUUUUUGCGAGUCUCCUGACAGAGCAAGACGAAUGGAAAAAGGCCAAGACCAAUCAAGCCUUAUGGGCUUCCAUGAUUCGCAAUGCCAAAAUGGCCGAGAGGAUGGUGGCAGCCUCGGACCAAACUCCCGUGAGCUCAUGGACCUUUCCACAAGAUUAUCAAAUGCCACGAUGA